AACGGUAAUAUUGAAUAUCUAUUGUAUAUACGAACGCAGCUCCCUCAACUCCCUCAAAGCCCAAAACGCCCAAUUGCCCUCUGAUAACGAAGCAUGAAGAUUAUUUGGCUUUACGCGUGGUCAGAAACUCAACAAACGUUUACCAAUCAACAACGGCCACAGAACGGCGGCUAAGAGUGCAGCUCCAGUUCAAGUGAUUUGAUUUUAUUUAUGUGACAAUAAGAACUUAAUUAAAUGUCGGAAACGAAGAAAUGGCUUUUGGGCAUAUUUUCCUUAGUCGCCUCAAUCUACGCUUAUAAGCAUUUAAACAUCAUCUUAGACGCUCAGCCGCCGAAGGUCCCGCUGCAACAAUGGUGGGGUGAUGACGUAGAACCCACAGACUGGGCGGCAUACUUAAAAAACUCCUCAAAGGUGCGCGGCAAUAAAUUGAUGUUUCCGGAUGAGACUAUCGACGACCUGCGUAAACAGUUAAAUCGCACAUUACACCUCACGGAAUCACUCAGUCCUGAUUUUAGUUAUGGUUUUAACACACAGGAAUUACAGAGAAUCAUCGAAUACUGGCGUGAUGAUUAUCUACCACGUUGGCGUGGGCGUGAAGUGUUUAUGUGGCAGUUUAAUCAUUUCACAACCGAAAUUCAGGGUCUACGUAUGCACUUUUUGCACUUAAUGGUUUACGAGGAGAAUAAAAUUGGCAAACAUAAUUACCCAGUGCUGCUACUACACGGUUGGCCCAGUUCGAUACGUGAAUUUUAUCCGCUUAUACACAAGCUCCAUCAGACACAUCCAGAUGAAAAGAACCCAUAUAUUUUCAAUGUGGUAGUGCCAAGCAUACCGGGCUUCGCUUGGUCAGAGGGCACAUCGCGUGUGGGCUUGGGCCCUGUACAGGUUGCUGUCAUUAUGCGCAAUUUAAUGCUACGCUUAGGUUAUCAGAAAUUCUUCAUACAUGGCGGAGAUUUUGGCUCGCUGAUUGGCUCGCACAUGGCUACAUUAUUUCCAGAGAAUGUGCUUGGAUAUCAUUCAAGCUUCUGCACCGUCUUCACGGGCAGAUCGCUCAUGAAGGGUGUGCUCAAUGCAUUGAAGCCUAGCUUCCUCAAUCGCCAUGGUUUCGAUGCACAAUUUUUCCCUCGUUGGAAGGUGAUCGAACAUUUACUGGAAGCAACCGGUUAUUACCAUUUACAAGCGACAAAACCUGAUACGAUUGGCACCGUACUCAGUGAUAAUCCCGUUGGUUUAGCUGCCUAUAUACUGGAUAUAUGGUCUUCUUUGACCAAUAAGAAUAACAGGAAUAAGUCUAAUGGCGGACUAGAAAAACGUUUUCAGCUAGAUACACUUCUCGACAAUGUCAUGAUCUAUUAUCUGACUAAUUCUAUAACGACGUCUACACGCAUGUUCGCCGAAACCCAUUCGGAGGCGCAACGUGAACUGCAUAUGGAUAAUGUUCCGACAGAUGUGCCGACCGGUUGUGCACGCUUUAAAAAUGAUUUAGUACACUUUCACGACGAUCAACUCAAGGACAAAUAUCGGAAUCUAAUUCACAGCACUUACUAUAAGGAUGGUGGACACUUUAUAGCUUUAGAAAUGCCAAAAUUGUUGCAUUUAGAUUUUAUACAAUUUGUUACGAAAGUGGAGAAAUUUAGUAAACUUGUCUAAAGAAAAUUCUGAGAACCUGCUUUUGAUUCCCAAUAAUAGAAUGUCUCCAAAAAUUUUAAAA